CGGCAUUUCAUAAUUACAUUUCUAUUUUUAUGUGAAAAGCAUUACUCGGGUAACCUGUCUUGUUUUCUUCUUGGUGCAGCAUUGAAGCAUUCCAGCUGUCCAGCAAAUCCAGAUGGUGCAGUUAGAUGAAAGAUACCGCCACCACUGUAACUCCUGUGUCUAUGAGAUGGAUAAACUGUGAUCUGAAGUGCUCACCAGGAUCCAUCCAUGCAGGCCAGCGUGCAUUUGAAUUCCAUUUGUGCCUUCGGAGCUUCUCGCGAACGUUCAAGCUAAGGCAACACCUGCGCAGUCAUACAGCAAAAAGGCCAUUUCAGUGCCCUUUACGCUCAUAGAGCUUCUCACAAAAAGUUAUUCUAAAGCAACACCUGUGCAUCCACAGAGAUGAGAUGCCAUUUCAUUGCCAUUUAUGCGCUAGGAGCUUCACGGCGAAGUCUACAUUGAAGGAACACCUGCGCAUUCACACAGGAGAAAAGCCAUUUCAGUGCCCUUCGUGCCCUCAGAGAUUCUCUCGAAAGAGUACUCUGAUCAUUCACCUGCGUACACACACAGGCGAGAGGCCAUGUCAGUGCCCUUUGUGCCCUCAAAGCUUCUCACAAAAGAGUACUCUGAACCAGCACCUGCGCACCCACACAGGAGAGAAGCCAUUUCAGUGCCCUUCAUGCCCUCAGAGAUUUUCCCAAAAGAGUAAUCUGAACCAACACCUGCGCACCCACACAGGCAAGGAGCCAUUCCAUUGCCCUUUGUGCCCUCAAAGCUUCUCACUAAAGAGUCGUCUGAACCAGCACCUGUGCACACACACAGGUGAGAAGCCAUUUGAAUGCCCAUCGUGCGCUCAGAGGUUCUCACAGAAAAAUACUCUGAACCAACACCUGCACACCCACACAGGAGAGAAGCCAUUUCAGUGCCCUUCGUGCCCUCAGAGAUUUUCACGAAAGAGUACUUUGAACCAACACCUGCGCACCCACACAGGUGAGAAGCCAUUUCAAUGCCCAUCGUGCCAUCAGAACUUCUCACAGAAAAAUACUCUGAACCAACACCUGCGAACCCACACAGGAGAGAAGCCAUUUCAGUGCCCUUCGUGCCCUCAGAGAUUCUCUCGAAAGAGUACUCUGAUCAUUCACCUGCGUACACACACAGGCGAGAGGCCAUGUCAGUGCCCUUUGUGCCCUCAAAGCUUCUCACAAGACAGUACUCUGAACCAGCACCUGCGCACCCACACAGGCGAGAAGCCAUUUCAAUGCCCUUCAUGCCCUCAGAGCUUCUCACAUCAGUGUAUUCUGAACCGACACCUGCACACCCAUACGGGCGAGAAGCCAUUCCAUUGCCCUUUGUGCCCUCAAAGCUUCUCACUAAAGAGUCGUCUGAACCAGCACCUGUGCACACACACAGGUGAAAAGCCAUUUCAAUGCCCAUCAUGCCCUCAGAGGUUCUCACAGAAAAAUAUGCUGAACCAACACCUGCACACCCACACAGGCGAGAGGCCAUGUCAGUGCCCUUCAUGCCCUCAGAGCUUCUCACGAAGGAGUACUCUGAGCCGACACCUGCACACCCAUACAGGCGAGAAGCCAUUCCAUUGCCCUUCGUGCUCUCAGAGCUUCUCACGAAAGAGUAAUCUGAACCAACACCUGCACACCCACACAGGAGAGAAGCCAUUUCAAUGCCCUUCAUGCCCUCAGAGCUUCUCACGAAGGAGUACUCUGAACCAACACCUGCACACCCACACAGGAGAGAAGCCAUUUCAGUGCCCUUUGUGCCCUCAGAGAUUUUCACGAAAGAGUAAUCUGAACCAACACCUGCGUGCCCACACAGGUGAGAAGCCAUUUCAAUGCCCAUCGUGCCAUCAGAACUCACAGAAAAAUACUCUGAACCAACACCUGCGAACCCACACAGGAGAGAAGCCAUUUCAGUGCCCUUCGUGCCCUCAGAGAUUUUCCCAAAAGAGUAAUCUGAACCAACACCUGCGCACCCACACAGGCAAGGAGCCAUUUCAAUGCCCUUUAUGCCCUCAAAGCUUCUCACAAAAGUCGACAUGGAAGCUUCACCUGCACUUCCACUAAUGUGAGAGGCUGUUUCAGAGCCGUUCAUGUCCUGAGAACUUCCUGUGGGAGUCUGCAUUAAACCAACAGCCACGCAUCCACACAGGCGGGUGGCCAUUUCAGUGCCCUGCAUGCCCUCAGCAAUCCUCAACAGUCCUUACUGAAGGACCACAUGUGCAUCCACUCAGCGAGAGGCCAUGUCAGUGCUCUUCAUGUACUCGGGUGUACACAUGGAAGUUCGCACUGAACUUCACUUCCCCUAAUGUGAGAGACUGUUUCAGGGUCCUUUAUGUCCUGAGAACUUGUCGUGGAAGUCUGCACUGAACCGACACCCGCUCGUCCACACAAAGUGCGUAGUGAAGGAUCACCUGUGUGUCAACUCAGGGGGACGCCAUGUCAGGGCUCUUCAUGUUCUCAGAGUUACUUGGAGAAGUUUGCACUAAACUGACACAUGCACAACCCACAUAAGCGAGAGGCCAUUUCAGUGCAACUUCUACUGUCAAACCUUCGGACAUAAAAGCUACCUCAAUAGGCACCUCGCCACCACAAGUGCACCUGACACGUGCAGUGCAGCAGUGCUGAGUUGUGUGCACUCCUCAUUAUUCCUUCUUGUUUUUCAUGUUUUCCUUAGUUUUUUUCAUGGAAGCUCAGCAUAUGUGUUCGCCUGUAGUUCUAUACUAGGGUGAAACAUUGUAAGUCUUCACUUUUCAUUAUGAUAUUUAAGCUCUUUGUUGCAGGCAAGCACUUCUUUCUGCAUUGAAACGUUUAACUGCUCUUUACUAAAUCGGUUGUGUGAGUUUGUUUCAGCGCACUAAUAAAAUUUGGGAUUGAA